UUUAUACAGGAAGCCAUUUGUGAGUGAAUGAUUAUGGUCACUCCUCCCGAGGUUUAUACACGAAAGCGAAAAACCGGAAUCUUCCUUUCACCGAACGUUGCGUGCUAGCUCCAUUGCGUACAGUCUGGAGAUUGGACAGGGUGAGAAAAAGCUGAAAUGGGAAAUAUUUUUCAUAUAUUUCUACUUUUGAUCCCCGUUUUUGUGGGGGCGGCUGCAGCAAACCGUAAUCCCAUGAUUGCUUUAUCUACCCAAUCCGAACUGAGGACAUCGACGAAAUCCGCCUCCGACGGGAAUCUGAAUUACCGGCCGGUCAUCGGAAUCGUCAGUCAUCCCGGAGACGGAGCUAAUGGCCGCCUCAGUAAUGCUACCAACGUUUCCUACAUUGCCGCUUCUUACGUCAAGUUCGUUGAGUCUGGUGGUGCUAGAGUCAUUCCUCUUAUUUAUAACGAGCCUUCCGAUAUUCUCAUCCAAAAACUCAAUUUAGUUAAUGGUGUACUGUUCACUGGAGGAUCUUCCAAGAAGGGACCGUACUUUGAGGUUGUCAAGGGAAUUUUCCAGAAUGUCGUAGAGAAGAACGAUGCAGGAGAUUAUUUCCCUCUUCUUGCCAUCUGUUUGGGUUUUGAACUUUUAACAAUGAUUAUCACAAAGGACAAUAAUAUUCUUGAAUUGUUUAAUGCAACUAACCAAGCAUCUAAGCUACAAUUCGUGGAGGGUGCCAGUUUUGAAGGAACCCUCUUUCAGAGGUUCCCUUCUGAGUUGCUAAAAAAGUUGAGUGAGGAUCGCCUUGCCAUGCAACAUCAUCGCUAUGGCAUUUCACCAGAAACAUUUCGAGCAAAUGCAGACCUGUGUAGCUUUUUCAGGAUGUUGACAACAUGUGCUGAUAAAGAUAAUAAGGUCUAUGUCUCUACAGUUCAAGCAAAGAGCUACCCUGUAACUGCUGCGCAGUGGCACCCAGAGAAAAAUGCUUUUGAAUGGGGCUUAUCUCAAAUUCCACACACAGAAGAUGCAAUUCAAGUGACUCAACAUGUUGCCAACUACUUUGUUAGUGAAGCAAGGAAGUCUUUAAACAGACCAGAUGCUCAAAGAGUGCGUGACAACCUUAUAUACAACUAUAGUCCCUCUUACAGUGGGAAGGCGGGGAGAGGUUAUGAUGAGGUUUACAUCUUCACUCAACAAUCUGAGUUCUUUUCAGAUGUAAAUACUUUGUAAUAUCAAUCUAAUCGAUUAUAUAACAACGGAGUACAUAAGAGCUCUCAGUGUUAAUGUCUUGUGGAUCUUCCUCGUACAUGCUGUGGAACCAAAGUUGGUACUCUCGUCAAUUUCUGAUCAAUUUAAGUGUUGUAUGUCUCUUAUGUAAACUAAAAUAAAUCUGUGUGUAAUUUUACAAUUCUGUAAACCAUUUACUCACCCUCUGCAUGCAUAUCAUUAGUUUUCAUUUCGCGAAACGAGUGACAUAUAUGAGGUUUGUUCUUUUAAUAUGGUAUGGUUCAUUUUCUCUUGGAUA